AUGCAGACAAAACAGUCGAAGAAGCACGAUGCGGCCGCCGCGUUCCAGCACAUCCUGACCCUGCCGUCGUCGGCGGCCGCCCAGGCUGCGCAGAAGGAGAAGAGAAUCUACAAGUGCGGACAUUGCAGCACAACGUUCCGGAGGAGUGAGCAUUGUGUUAGGCAUGAGCGGUCUCACACCCUGGAGAAACCAUUCGGAUGCUCUUUUUGCGGAUGCUAUUUCUCGAGAAACAGUAGUCGGCCACAAUCUUCGAACCGGCCGGCGAAACGGCGACGAGCCUCGGAAGCGGGCACGGACUUCCAUGCGGAUUCGACGACUACAUUGCUCUCGUUCCAGGAGUCUACAGAUGCGCACACGAUGGGCUUCGCUGAGGCGGACGGCGAAACGUUCUUGAGCCUCUCUCCCGGUGGUUCGUCGCCAGCAUCGGUUCACCACCAGCGUGCGAGAGGAGAUUCCGUCCACUCCAUCCACUCGAUCCAUUCCAUCACCGAGGUAAUCCAGCCCUUGACCCCGCCGGAGUCCUUCGCCUCGGAGCAAAUCAGUCGGAAGCAGAACACACCCGGGCCGCCGGUCGAGGACAGGAACGGCGAGGUGGAGUUUGGUACGCUUCAGAGCGACUUGGAUUUCUCCGAGCUCUUUUCGGGCGCCGAGAGGGAGGAUGACGCUUUGGGGUCUUCGCCGCACAAUACCAUCGAUGGUAUCGCGGCCGCUGCAGCGGUCCAUGGCAUCUUCCAAAACCAUGGCCACAGUUUCCCAGAGUUCCGGGGACUUGAAAAUAUACUCGAAGAGGCGGUGGCACCGCAGGGUGAUUCGAUGACGGACCUCUUCCACGAUUCGAUGGACGUCAUGACCCCCACCGAGGAAUAUAUUAUCCCUCCGACACCCUCACAAUUCCGUAAGCGACGAGGAACGAACGCUUCGGAUGUUUCCAACCAAUCACUGAUACAGUCAAUCAACCGAAGCGCGGUGCCGAAACCGGCCUUCAAUAUCGAUGAUUCCACAAAGGACUGGAUUCUGCAGGAUCUGUCGGCAUCACACCCCCGAGAUCUGAUGAUGGGCUUCUGUCUGCCAAAUUCCACUACCCUCCAGAGAUACCUCGACAGCUACUUCAACAGCUUCCACAAGAACUUUCCGAUCUUGCAUCUCGGCACAUUCUAUCCCAAAGGUACCAAGGCGCUCCUUCUUCUUGCGGUAUGCUGCAUCGGCGCACAGCACUGCCUUGAAAAACGGCGUGCGAGGUAUCUCUACGAGUGGACCAAACGCUUCGUGGCCGUGGAAGAUGUCAAAUGGAAGCGCGUUGAGCCGGAUAGAAAGGCCUGGUUGAUGCGCACCAAGAUUCUCCUUGGAUUCUUUGGGAUUUGGAGCGCAGAGCGAGAGCUCAUCAAUGAUACCGUGGCCGAGCAGGGCUCAUAUGCCGUGUUUUUCCGCUCUGCCCAGGCGUUGCUUCUUCGUCGGGAAGAGAUUCCGUUGCAACAACAAACCUGGCGCGACUGGGUCGACAUCGAGUCGUUCAAGCGCCUCUGUUAUGGCAUAUACAUCCUGCAAUCGUUGAUCACCAUUACCUUCAACCUCCCACCUGCAAUAUCUUGCGCAGAGGUCCAUCUUCAGUUACCGGCUUCCGAGGAUCUUUGGGAGUCUCCCAACGCCGAAGUGUGGGAAGCCAAUCUCAACUUCACAGUAUCGGACCCUAAAUUCAAAAACGCUCUGGAGUACUACUUUGGGGCUCAAUUACCAGGCGCGCCUCCAGUAUUGGAGCCCGGGCCCAGUGCAUUCGGUGGUCUGGUCCUGGUGCAUGGUCUCCUCUCGCAGCAAUGGCAGGUCACACAAUGUCGGAAGUCUCUUCAACUGUUCGGCUUCACCGCACCGAGUAUAUUGCCCUUCACCAUGGCCCAAGAAUCAGAGGAGCUACUCGGCCGCCUCCAGAACUGUCUGAUCUACACACAUCAAAACAUCUCGCCAAACGCCGGCGGGUCUCUAUGGUUCUGCGCGGCGGGCUUACUGCGACAGGCCUACAUCAGGCAGUUUACACAGUUCGAGCCCGCCUCGUCACAGAUGAGGGCAAUCAUCCGUCCGGAGGAAGGGAGUCUAGACCUAGAGGCGGUGGUGAGUUACGUCCUGGAGGGCACGCCGCGCAGUGCGGCUGUCACCCGUGCGGCAGAAAAAGCCACCGAGGCACUCGAGAUGCCAGUACGGGCGGGGCACGUUAUGGUGCGUAAGACCGCCGCGCUAAAUUGGAGUGUCGAUCACGCCAUCGCUGGUUGGGACUGCAUCCUGUUCCUCUUGAGAUGGAUGUUUUCUCUCGAAAACCUCCCGCGCAACGAGUGGGACGCCGAGGAGAUGAGGGUCUACGACAGCGUGCGCCACCUCCUCGAAGAGGCAGAUCUCGAUCUGAGCGCUGGCGGGCCUCUGACCCAGAGUCUGGCUAGAAUGUGGGGUGACCUGCUGGCGGAUACGUGGGUGUGGGGAAUCACACCGGCCCUGGGAAACGGCAUGAGGAUCCUCGCAGAGAGGAUUAGGGGCGUGCAUGAGGGAUUUUGA